AGACUCCUUCGGAAACCUUUUGGCAGUUUAGCCAAGCGGUGAAGGGCUGGAAGGGCGCACAGGCCUGGGUGGCGGAAUGGCUACGCGAAAAUAAUGUCACGGCUCAGGAGGUCGAUCUGGAGCGGCUUAUGAAGGACUUUAUUGACCGCUUUGACCCUAAGGAUGGAACUACCGGCAAACGAUCUAACGAUUCCUGGCAACAAGUGAACAAUGCUAAGAGGCCUCGCUCGUCUAACGGUGCUGCUACGAACCCUUCCAACGCUGCUGCUGCUGCCUCCGGUAGUGGUAAUGGUAAUGGCCAGGCUAACGGCAAAAGUACGAUCCCUGAGGCGGUUGCGCGAGCAGCUACGGAGCGACCCAACGAGUCUUCGGACUGGUGGAGUCCGUGGAAGAAGGGUGUACGGCUUACGAACAAAGAGAAGUAUGACAUGAUGGUUCGGGGUGAUUGCCGCAAGUGUGGACAGGGGGGGCACGUUUCGGCUGCUUGCCCUAACGGUCCUGCUUGGGCUAAGGGUUAGGAAUUGGCCCAGUUGCAUACGUGUGGCGUGCAGACUGGGAUAACGGCUCAGGAAAG